GGUUAGUAUGAUGUAACGAGUGAUCAGCUGCACAAAGAAUUCUUACAAAAGUAACAAGUUUAAAAUUUACAAGAACAAAAUACUGAAAAUUAAACAUUCGUUAUGAAAAAUUAAGAAAUCUUCCUUCUUGGAAUGUCAUGCAGCAACAAAAUUUACUAAAGAAAUUUUGAGGAACUUGGUGAAUUGAAACGUGCCGUUUGAAACUAUGUUCUCCACUUACAUUCACAAUAUUGACGAGCAGGCUGUGUAAGCUCGCUAAAACCUGUUGACGAGGCCAAUGGAAAAAUCUGAAAAUUCGCAAAAUGGAACAACAACAUGGAACGAGUCAAAGUAGUCAAACUGCAACUGCAGGCGUAGCUCCGAAUAAGUGUACCGUUUAUGUCUCCAACUUUUCAUACAGUCUGACGAGCAAUGAUCUACACAAAGUAUUCGAAAAAGUGGGCAGGGUUGUCAAGGUCACCAUUGUCAAGGACCGUACCACUCGAAAAAGCAAGGGCAUCGCUUUCGUUCUAUUUCUCCGACAACAGGACGCUAUCCAGUGCGUAGAUCAAUUUCAUGAGAGUGAGUUAUUUGGGAGAACAAUAAGUUGCAGAAUUGCGAAUGACAAUGGAAGAUCUGCUGAAUUUAUUACGAAACGCAAGUACCCCGACAAGUCUAGAUGUUACGAGUGUGGCGAAAUUGGUCUUCAUUUGAGCUACGACUGUCCCAAAAAUUUACUGGGUCCGAGAAAACCUUUGAAAUCCAAGAAACCGAAGAAGAGAAAAGAUCGGGAUUUUUGUAAAGGCUCAACUAGUACAAAAGAACAGGAUAGCAUUUCCAAUUCAUCCAAUAAUACUGACAGCGACAAUGAUGGAACGGACGAUGAAGAUGACGAUUCAUUAAGUGCAGCCAUUAAGAUUCAGCAAUGUAAAGAGGAACAAGAAGAGUAUCGAAUGAAAGUUGCGACUGGUAAUUAUAGUUUGUCGGACUGUGAAAUUUCCACCACAAGUAAAAAACGUCGAAUCAAACAAAGUGAGUAUUUCUCCGACGAAGAAGAAGAAGAGGAAGAAGUGGAAAAAUUAUGAUAGGCGUCGAUAAAAACGGGCGCCGAUUGGUAUUUCAUAGAUCUCCAUCUUCUAAAAUUCGGUUAUUAAGUAUUUAUAGAAAAAGCCUAGCAUUCCCCACGAAUUCAAAUCACUUGAAAAUAAAGUAUAUUCAUAAAGUUAAA